AUGUCAAAAGAGCGAAAGAACAAAUGGAUCAAGACGCGAGACGGCACCGACGAGGAGCUGAUGUCGUUGGCCGAUGAGGCGCUCACUUAUUUCGAGGCCACCGCGAAACUGCUCGACAUUUUCACAAAAUCGGUCAAAGAUUUGGCGUUGGACGAGAAGAAGAACGCUUAUUGUAAAGCGGCGAGAGGCGCGCGAGCAUUCGCCGACGGAAUGCGCAACUCGGAGAGAAGCGCGUUCGGCAAAGCCGGCGACACGUUCGACAAGUUGGCCAACAUCGGCAAAGAUUACAACAGAAACGUUCAUAGCAGUGUGAUUUCGAAGAUUUUCAGCUUCAAAGAGGUCGAAUGCAAAGAAAUCGACAACAAGAUGACGCUUCUUCGCAAAAAUCAAGCGGAACUUGAGAACAAAAGAAAAAAGGCGGCGAAAGACGAAAAUAUGAAAUCGAUGGCUGAAACGCUCGAGGAAGCCAUGAAGAAGUCGAUCGAUGACGCGAAGGUGGCGCUGAGGAAAUUCAUUGAAUCGGCGAUCGCAACGCUCAACACCAUCGCCGAUGAGGCGGUCAAAAUCAACGAAAAAUACUGCUCGGAAUCGAACGCCGCGUUUGGUAAGACGAUUUUUGUUGAAAACUAA